AGGGUGUCGGGAGUUAGGUGCGCGUAUCAGCUUCUCAUUUCAAGUCCUGGAGAUCUCCAGCGCUGCUUUACUUCCUUCUGCCCCGCUCUCUCCUCUUCCUCCUCCGCUCGUCGCCGGUGACCAACAAAAACCGCCAUGAUUUCCACGCAGCGGACUAAUUCGAGUCUAUCUCCUUCUCAAAGCCCUAGAUCGCCGUCGCAGUCGCAACCGUUUUUGUCGGUUACGGUCACCGAUCCGGUGAAGUUAGGCAAUGGAGUUCAAGCUUAUAUAUCUUAUCGCGUCAUCACGAAGACAAACUUACCUGAAUUUCAAGGGCAAGAAAAGAUUGUUAUUCGCCGUUACAGUGAUUUUGUUUGGUUGCACGACAAACUUGCUGAAAAAUACAAAGGGAUCUUCAUUCCUCCCCUACCAGAGAAGAGCACCGUAGAGAAGUUCAGAUUCAGUGCUGAGUUCAUUGAGAUGAGACGUCAGGCGCUGGACAUAUUUAUAAAUCGGAUAGCUUCUCACCCUGAACUUAAGCAAAGCGAGGAUUUAAGAAUCUUUUUACAGGAAGACGAAGAGAGAAUGGAGAGAGCAAGAUCUCAAGAAGGUGGACUUUUCAAGAAAAAACCUGCAGACUUUAUGCAAAUAUUUAAGGAUGUGCAGUCUAAGGUUAGUGAUGUUGUUCUGGGAAAGGAGAAGCCUAUUGAGGAGUCAGGUCCUGAAUAUGAGAAACUGAAACAUUAUAUUUUUGAGCUUGAAGAUCACUUGGCAGAGGCACAGAAGCAGGCAUUCCGCCUUGUAAAGAGACACAGAGAGCUGGGGCAGUCGCUGUCAGAUUUUGGGAAAGCAAUCAAACUUUUGGGCGCUUGUGAAGGAAAUUCUCUUGGGAAGGCAUUUUCCGAGCUUGGUUCGAAAUCAGAACUAUUAUCUUUAAAGCUCAAUAAGGAGGCUCACAACCUCCUAAUGAAUUUUGAAGAGCCAGUAAAAGAUUAUGUGCGAGCAGUGCAGUCUAUAAAGGCAACAAUGGCAGACAGAGCCAGUGCUUUCAAGCAGCAGUAUGAUUUAGCUGAAACAACCAAGUUGAAGAAGAUAAAUCUAGAAAAGCUGUUGCUAAUAAGGUCUGAAAAAGCUGGAGAAGCAGAGAUCGAAUACAAAGAGUUGGAGGCGGAGAGCGAGGAGGCGAUCCAAAGAUACGAAACAAUUGUUAAACUAAUGAGUGAAGAAAUAAUUCGGUUCCAAGAGCAGAAGACAGCAGACAUGGGUCUUGCCUUUCAUGAGUUUGCAAAGGGGCAAGAGAGGCUCGCCAAGGAUAUUGCUGAUGCAUGGAGAAGUCUUCUACCUAAGCUUGAAGCCUGUUCACCUUCAUCAUAAAAACUCUUUGUCACAUAAAUUGUUUUAUCCGGGUUAUUGUUAUGUAGAGGGGAAAAUGAUGACUUUACGAGAGUACAUGUAAUUAUCUUGACCCAAGUUUCUAAUAAACCUAGAAAUGUAUUGAUCAUGUCGCGCUAGUUUUCUUUCAUUGCUACAAUUCUUUCAUUACUACGAUAGUUUUCUUCAGUUGAUCUCAGCAAUGGACGAAGCAUAUGUCAAUACAUUGAUUUUGAUUUUGAUUGUAAUGAGGUUGUAGGAAUGUAUUUAUGCACUUUUAAUCUUUUUACUAUCAGAGUGGUACUAUAAAUGUGAUUUU